CAUUGGGUCAUCCACAAUUCAUGAUUCUAUGAGCAAGUCAAUUUGACGGACAUCGCAGCUGCUGAGGUCUCAGAGGUCCAAAUUGACCUAUCACUCGUGCUCCGAGUGCUCUGCUCGUCCUCACCGUCCGCCGAUCAAACACAGUGGCAUGCUUCCAGUCUUGGCAUUUAUAUACCUUGCUGCAUUCAUCAUGUCCACUUCAGCCCAGUCCACGCCUCACAUCCUCGUGUACACCGCGACCAAGGGAUAUCGUCAUGAAUCCAUACCAGCCGCUAUCGAUGUCCUAGGUCAACAGGCUGAUCGGUGGAAUGUCUCCUUCACGUUCACAGAAGACCCCAGCAUGUUCACUACCGAUACACUGAGUCAAUUUGAUGGGGUCAUGUUUGCCUUAAAUAGCGGAGAAGUUCUCGACGAUGAUGGUCAAGCGGCCCUGCAAACGUUCUUCCAAUCUGGUGGGGUAUACACUGGGGUUCAUUCGGGCAGUGCUUGUCUUUACAAUGAUACGAACUACGCUCAAGCUGUUGGCGCGCUCUUCGACUAUCAUCCUGAGCUCCAGAGUGCAACUUUCGAGCGCCUAAAUGAUACACACCCUGCAACCAAAAACCUGCCUGAUCGAUUCACUUGGGAGGAAGAAGUGUACAACUUUCGCUCCGAUCCAAGAAGUAAUGAUGCAGUCAUCCUUUUGACAGUCGAUGAGAACAGCUACCAACACGGCGGCAGCAGUACAGGCGAUUACCCCGAUCAAGGGACACCUCAUCCGAUCGCAUGGUACAUUGAGUCGCCGAAAUCCGCCCUACCCCUUCAGGCGGACGCUCCAAGAGCCGGUAGAUCGUUUUACACUUCGCUAGGACAUCUCAACACGACUUGGCAGAACGAUACCUUCAUUGACCACCUCAUGGGCGGUCUUACUUGGGCCCUAGAAGGACGUUCCACACGUGCAUACGGCGUGGGCUUGGUCGGAAAUUCUAGCGCUGAAGAAGAUGGUAAAUCGACUCCAUCAGGUACUACGUCAGCUAGUGUGUCUGAAUCCUCUGGCGCGGCUGCUACGAGCGGGGCUGCUGGUCAGUCCAGGGUGGGAUCAUCAAACAUGGGUCUGACUGCUGCUGCGGUGGCUGGAGCCAUCGGAGCUGGAAUUGCGUUGGUCCUGUGAGACAUGAUGUAGUCCAAUCGAGUCCUGUCAUAGUGCGUCUUCGUAGCCUAUGUUUGUGAGAUCUAGAGGUCGGUCUGGGGCCGUGCUGUGUAGCAACGUCUCAUAGAGAGUGAUGCAUCGAGGCCGGAACUGAUUU